AUGGAGGAUGUUGUUGAAAAAGUACCAGUUCCCCGUCGCUUUGCCAAUUAUCAUCCGAGCGUUUGGGGAGAUCAUUUUCUUGCGUAUGCUUCUCAGCAUAAGGAAAAAUUCUUCGAAGGAGAGGGAGAGCUUCAACGGCUAAGAGAAGAGGUUAGAAAGAUGUUAACUGAAACUCCUGACGAGUUUCCUGGAAAGCUAGACAUGAUAGACACCAUUCAGCGUCUUGGGGUGUCGUACCAUUUUGAGAGUGAAAUCGAGGCAUCAUUGCAAAAGAUUUUCGAUGCCUACCAUGAGUUGAAUCACAAAGAUGGCAAUGACCUCUACACUAUUGCUCUUCGUUUCCGAUUACUCAGACAAAAAGGUUUUCAUGCCUCUUGUGACGUGUUCAACAAAUUCAAGACCCCGAAAGGAGAUUUUAAGGAAUCUCUGGCGAGCGAUAUGCGAGGAAUGUUGAGCUUGUACGAAGCAGCAAACUUUGGACUACACGGGGAGAAGGUUUUGGACGAAGCGCUGAAAUUUACUUCUGAUAACCUUGAAUCCUUGGUUCCAUACUUGAGCAAUUUUCUUGCUGCACAAGUUGUUCAAGCUCUUAAGCUGCCGAUCCAGAAAACUUUGACAAGGCUGGGAGCAAGGCAGUACAUAUCUCUCUACCAACAACAUGAAUCACAUGAUAAAUUGUUGCUAAAAUUUGCCAAAUUGGAUUUUAACAAAGGAUGUUGCUGCAGUAUGUUUAGUAGUCAAAGAAGAGGUGUGGAAAGUAAAGCAUAUGGCAAAGAAAGCGGCACGUUGCAACCUGACAUGUACGGAUCAAGAAGGGUUAUUUUUACAAAAGUAAGUGGUGACCUAUAA